AUGUCGUCCUCUAUCCACCUCCUCCAGACUCGCCUCAAAGAAGUAUCGGCCUCUCUCAACGAGAUCAAACCUCUGAUCAACCGACUCAGGAACUUCACCCAUGCUGUCGGACAGGGUGACGAAGCUCGCCUGGAACUGGGCGCCGAGAUCCACUCGAGACUCAAAAUCGUCGAAGAAGAAACCGAACUGUUGAACGUCGAGGUCGAGGUCUUGGAAGGCGCAGGAAGUUCGAAGAGGAAAACCAGCGAUAAUUCAGAGAAGGAAGCCGAGAAGAAACGUGUUAUUGGUCUUGUCGCAAAGUUGACUACCGACUUGAAAAAAGUUAGAGGAGACUUUCGAGGCGCCCAACUUCAAGCCAACCGCAAUGCAGAGACCGCACGCCGAAAAGAGCGAGAAUUGCUAUUCACGCGGUCGAAAGAUGACAAGGACCGUCAAGUCCCGUCAGAAAAAUUCACACAGAACGACCUCGUCACGAACGCAUCGUCUGAUGUCACAGCGGCUCUACGGAGAACACACGAGCUCAUGCAGGCCGAGCUGUCGCGAAGUCAAUUUGCCCAGGAAACAUUAGAACAAUCGACGGCAGCGCUUUCCUCUCUCUCCGAGUCGUACUCCAGUCUCGAUACCGUCCUAUCCUCCUCUCGAGCUCUAGUAAACUCGCUCCUGCGGUCUCAAAAGUCAGACACGUGGUAUCUUGAAACGGCCUUUUACAUUCUGAUAGGGACCAUCGCAUGGCUGGUAUUCCGAAGAAUUCUCUACGGACCGAUGUGGUGGCUUGCAUGGAUGCCGGUUAGGACGCUCUAUAGGCUUUUUGCAUCUGUCCUUGGUGUGGCAAGUGUCUCCGGGGCUGUUACUACGACUUCUGCGAUUGUCAGCGGCACACAGACGUCAGCAAUACCUACUGGUACGGCAGCGACGGUGUCACUGGAAGGAGAGAAUGCGCCAGUAAUGGAGACCCCAGACUCAAGGCGCGAUAAGGAGGAGCAGGAUGACAGUGUGGUAGACCAACUUGGCAAGAUGGGUGAAACAGACAGCGCGAACGCAGGCCACGACAACGAAGCAUACGAAGAUUAUGAUGGACCGCGGAAUCCACAGAAAAGGACGUGGGAGGAAGAUAUAACGAGAAAAGACGAGCUACUUGUUCCGGAUCGGGAAGUGAUAGUGCUGUCUUGCAACCCCUCAACACUCACCACUCACCUCCACGACCUCGAUUUGAAUCGCACAUCUACGCAUACGUUGAAGUUGAUAUUGAUAUUGACACGAUCAAUGGCUGCGAAUUUCUUUAAUAACAAAGCUAGAGCUGCGGCUGCGGCAACCAGCUCCAAGCAAAAGCCAACAGACAGCAAGGGAGACCAAACACGGUUGCAGCCAUGGGUUGAGAAAUACCGCCCAAAAUCGCUUGACGACGUCGCAGCGCAAGAUCACACCACCGCCGUUCUCCAACGGACACUACAAGCCUCCAACCUUCCUCACAUGCUGUUUUAUGGCCCACCAGGCACCGGCAAAACAUCCACAAUCCUCGCUCUGGCCAAAUCCCUCUUCGGUCCCGCCCUAUACCGCACACGUAUUCUCGAACUGAAUGCCUCUGACGAACGAGGUAUCAGUAUUGUCCGAGAGAAGAUCAAGGACUUUGCGCGCACCCAACUCUCGCAGCCCACCGGUUUAGAUGCCGCCUACCGCGAACAGUAUCCAUGCCCGCCAUUCAAGAUCAUCAUCCUCGACGAGGCCGAUAGUAUGACACACGACGCCCAGUCUGCGCUGCGCCGGACGAUGGAACAAUACAGUCGAAUCACACGUUUCUGUCUUGUGUGCAACUACGUGACAAGAAUCAUCGAGCCGCUGGCUAGUCGGUGCAGCAAAUUUCGCUUCAAGAUGCUAGACGGUGUCGCUGCGGGAGACCGGUUGCAGGAAAUCGCAAAGGCCGAAAAUCUGGUCCUGGAGAAUGGUACACUGGAAACGCUGAUCAAGUGCAGCGAGGGAGAUCUGCGGCGUGCAAUCACGUAUAUGCAAAGUGCGGCCAGACUCGUUGGACAGAAACAGCAGCAGCAACAACAACAACAACAACAACAACAACAAGGUGGAGACGAGGGUGAUGUUGAAAUGGCAGAUGCGGAUUCAUCUUCGGUAAUUACGAUUAAAACGGUCGAGGAGAUUGCUGGUGUGGUCCCGGAUAGCGUGCUUGACCGGUUAACGCAAGCAAUGCAGCCGAAAAAGCUAGGAUCAGCGUAUGAGGCUGUGGCAGCAGUUGUGUCAGACAUUGUGGCCGAUGGGUGGAGUGCUACGCAGAUUGUAUCCCAGCUAUACUACCGAGUCGUCUUCAACGAUGCCAUUCCAGAUAUUCAAAAAAACCGGAUUGUCACAGUCUUUUCCGAAAUGGACAAGAGGCUAGUUGAUGGCUCAGAUGAACACCUUUCGAUUCUGGAUCUGGUACUGAGGAUCUCGGGAAUUCUGGGUUCAUGA